AUGCCUACAGAAUCACUGCCUCAGCCCGACUUUGACGCCAUUGUUGUUGGCGCUGGUUUCGGGGGCAUCUACAUGUGCAAGAAGCUCGUCGCCCAGGGGCUGUCUACCAAAGUCAUUGAAGCUGCGCCUGAUGUGGGAGGGACAUGGUUCUGGAAUCGCUACCCUGGUGCAUUGUCAGACACGCGUUCCUUUCUGUACCGAUACUCGUGGGACCUUGAAGACCUGCGCCAGUAUCCUUGGGAUAGAGAAUAUUUGAAACAACCAGAAAUCCUUGCCUACUUGAAGCAUGUUGUCGAGAGGCAUGAUCUGCGACAGCACAUGCAAUUCAACACCGAAAUGCAAGGUGCCUCUUACGACGACAAUCAUAACCUGUGGACUGUUUCACUGUCAUCCGGUCAGCAGUUACAGACUCGAUACCUUAUCACGGCAGUUGGGCUUUUAUCCAAGAUCAACUAUCCAGAUAUUCCUGGGCUCGGCACAUUCAAGGGCGAAAUGUAUCACACUGGGAACUGGCCGGCGUCUUUUGACUUCAAGGGUAAGCGUGUCGGGGUUAUUGGAAACGGAUCUACGGGCGUUCAACUUGUCACUGCGUUGGCCGAUCAAGAUGUGAAGCAACUGCUCUCGUUUCAACGCCAUCCACAGUAUGUCGUUCCAGCAGGCGACUCGGAAGUCUCUCGUGAGACUCGAGAAGGACUCGAUAGGCGAUGGGAGCAAGUAUGGAGAGAGGUAAAAGACAGCACCUUCGGGUUCGGCUUUGAGGAAAGUUCAAAGCCCACCUUCAGCGUCAGCGAAGAAGAGCGUGAAAGGAUCUUUGAAGAGGCUUGGGCCAAAGGGGGCGGGUUCUAUUUCAUGUUCGGCACAUUCUGCGAUAUCUCGUCCAACGAGGAAGCAAACAGGGCAGCUGCGGAGUUUAUCCGCCGAAAGAUCCGCCAAAAGGUGGAGGAUCCUGUCAAGGCAGAGAAGCUCAUGCCGUACGAUUGGUAUGCCAGGCGGCCAUUGUGUGACACUGGCUACUACGAGAAGUUCAACCGUCCGAAUGUGGACAUCGUCGACAUCAAGACCAACCCGAUCACCACGAUCACCGAGAAGGGGAUACAGACCGCCGAGGGAUCGGAAUACGAGCUUGAUGUUCUUAUCUUUGCAACGGGCUUCGAUGCGGUGGACGGUAACUACAAGCGGAUGCAUAUCCAGGGCGCCUCAGAGACCCUUCAGGCUCGGUGGAAGGAGGAGCCCAGCUCGUUUUUGGGGGUUUCGAUCCCUGGAUUCCCAAACCUGUUCUCCAUUCUCGGGCCUAACAGUCCCUUCACCAAUUUGCCGCCCUUGAUUGAGGUCCAGGUGGAGUUCAUUGCAGACAUGGUCUCUCACGCGCGGAAAGUGGCCGCUCAACCAGCAGCAGCAGCAGCAGCAGCAAAUGGGCCACGUGUAGAGGCGGAUUCAGCAGCAUUACAGGACUGGGUCCACAAGUGUGACGAGCUGAGUGCCGGCAGCUUGUUCCGCAAAACCGACUCGUGGAUAUUUGGGGCGAACGUGGCGGGCAAGAAACGCUCAGUGCUGUUUUACUUUGGGGGGCUGGCGAUGUACAGGCGAGUUUUACAAGACAUUGUGGAAGAGGGAUACAAGGGGUUUAGUCUUACUUAA